AUGAUGACGACAGAAACUCAGAGGGUAGUGGUAAUCCAGGAUGCAUCAAGAGAUGUUAGUGCAAAGGCUAUCCUUGGGGCCCUGGAAAAGUUUUCUGUUAAAGCUGGUGAUCAGCUUAUAAUUGUUGCUAUCCUUGACUGGAUUAGCAGUCCCAUGGGUUACAUGGUCAGAGUUGAUUCUAGUUCAAUGAUUUCAACAAACAAGAAAAUAAUUGAAAAAAGGCAUUCCAAAAAAAAGAAAGAAUAUCUUGUGAGCAGAAACAUAAAGGAAAUCUCCAACUACUGUAAAUUAAAUGAGAUUGGAUUCCAAAUUGAAGUGCUUGUAGGCCCCACUGCUGAGGUUGCUUCUAAUGCUGCCAAGGAUUUUCAGGCUACAACUUUGAUUUUAUUUAGACAGAUCCACAAAGACAUGAAGUAUUUCAUGCGCCAGCACCCUUGUGGUAUGUAUAGGAUAACAAGUGACAAUUCAAUUGAGAGGUUGAAAGAUCCAAAAUCAACAGCCAGCACCAAAUCACUUUUAGACAGGCUAGAAAAUGUAAGCUAUAAAGAAAUGUUUCCAGGAAGUGAAGAGGAAGAACGUUCUUUUCAGACAGUGUCUAGGUCUUCAUCAAGUGAUAUGUUGACAUCAACUGGAGCCUCAAGUCAGUGGAGUACAGAAGUCUCCAAUUCUAGUUUCGGAAGCUUGCAGAAUGGCCGUCAAUACCUAGAGGGAAACUUUCAUUCAAAUAUACAAGAAACAGCAGGGAACCAAACACUAUUUCACAUUUCGGAGGAUGAAGAAAUGAACGAAUUGGAAGAAAAUAGAAAAGAGAAACAUGGUAGAAAUAAUGAAACAUCUCAUAUGCAGGAAGAAUUUACAAAUCCACUUUGUUCUGUGUGCAAUAAUCAACGACCAAAAGUUGGACUGAAGAGAGAUUUCAGUUAUGCAGAGCUCUAUAAUGCUACACAAGGAUUUUCUCCCAAGAACUUUCUGUCAGAAGGUGGAUUUGGAUCUGUCUACAAAGGACUGUUAAAUGGAAUGAAGAUUGCAGUUAAGCAACAUAAGUGUGCAGGCUUCCAAGGAGAGAAGGAAUUUAAGUCAGAAGUGAAUGUACUUAGCAAAGCAAGACAUGAGAAUGUGGUUGUGCUGCUAGGUUCAUGCUCAGAACGAAAUAAUAGGCUACUUGUGUAUGAAUAUGUCUGCAAUGGCUCACUUGACCAACAUCUAUCAGCACACUCUCGAUCACCUCUUAGUUGGGAAGAUAGGAUCAAUAUAGCAAUUGGAGCUGCCAAAGGCUUACGGUACUUACACAAGAAUAACAUUAUACACAGAGAUGUGAGACCAAACAAUAUCCUUAUAACACAUGAUUAUCAACCAUUGCUGGGAGACUUAGGAUUAGCAAGAAACCAAAAUCAAGACUCGAUACACUCAACGGAAGUUAUUGGAACUUUGGGGUAUUUGGCACCAGAAUAUGCAGAGCAUGGGAAAGUGUCUACCAAAACAGAUGUAUACUCUUUUGGAGUGGUUCUACUACAGCUAAUAACAGGAAUGAGAACUACAGAUAAAAGACUUGGAGGAAGAAGUCUUGUGGGAUGGGCAAGGCCACUUUUAAAAGAUAGGAACUAUCCAGAUUUAAUUGAUGAAAGGAUCAUUAACUCUCAUGAUGUCCAUCAACUAUUUUGGAUGGUUCGAAUUGCAGAGAAAUGUCUAAGCAGGGAGCCUCAAAGGAGGCUAAAUAUGAUUCAGGUUGUUGAUGUUUUGACUGACAUACUGGAAGGAAGAAGAUGUGACAUCAUAUUAAGGGAUUACUCCCCUACAAGGUCAGAUUCAAACUAUAGUACAUCAGACUCUGAUGAAUCAGAAGAUGAAAUGCAAGAAUCCUUCAAGCUUGAAGAUGAUUUACUAAGUCACAGUUCAGAAUCCACAGAAAGUAAUAUCAUAAGUCAGAUGAUGCACAUGAAUGUAAGACAGCCACCAUCCCCUCCAAUUCAAAGCAUCUCUUCAUGUAGCUCAUGCUCAUACAAGUUUCACGAUGAGUCAACAAGGGAUGGUGAAGCAAUAGAAAUAUCAAAAUCCAAUGGGGGAUUACUCAAUGCUUAG